GAGCCUUUAUUUCUGGUUUUGCUAAACACAUACACCCCCGCGAAGGAGCGUGGCUUACUGAGGACCUAGGUUCACACGUUAGGUUGGUCCGUCCAGUGUGCCUUUGACACGUGGUUGAUGCUGCUUACUAAGGCAACGAAGGCGCGAGAGAAAAGUGCUCCCAUUAGGAGAGGCUCUGCCAGCCGCCGAAACGCAGGCCGAAGCUUUUCGCUCGGAUCCCUCCUCCACGCUGACUUCUGCAGGGUAAGGACCAGCGUCCCAUCUUAACCCUCUGAACUCGUCUCUCAGCUUCUGGCGAUUUUCGUGGGACGGAACCCAUUGAGAAACCCUCAUCUUUACCUGGAUCGAGACCAAAAGUCCCUACGUGUAGGCAAGGCACCGUUCCACAGCCAGCCUCUUCUAGCAAACCGGCACACACACAGCGCCGCCAUCUUCGACAGGCGUCUCUAAGCUCCCAGACACACCCGAUCAACCAAUCAGAUGCGAGCUUACUGCAGCAGUCCCCGUGGUUGCCUAUUCCAGUGCACACCGGGAAAUGUAGUCCAGUUGCCAUUUGCGGAAGAAAGCAGUGGCGCUCACCCGAUGCAUAUUGGGAGUUGUAGUUGGAGAGGUUCCGUGACGGUUCCGGGUAACGCCUUCUGGUUCAUGGGGGGUGGUCGGUUGUAGCACUGUAGACUGUGAGGUGGAGAAAUUGGCUACAAGGAGACUACAGCGAGGCCUGAAAGACUGCACAGCCGGGCAGGAGACGUGGCUCGGAGUUGGGGGGGCAGCAGGCGCAAUGUCUGAUAUGCCCCUGGGAACGUGACCGCUCCGAGACCGAUGCGGGACCUCACCGGACACAUCGAGUGAGCCUCGUCUUGGCGGGGCCUAAUUUCCAGCGGUCGGCUAGGCCUCACCGGAGCCCCAUUGCUGUGUGGCUGCUAUUCCGGAACGAGGAGAUGGCGACCCCGAGCCCGCUGCUGGAGCCAAAGCAGUUGCUGACAGUUGAGGAUAUGGCUGUGUUCUUCACCCAGGAGGAGUGGGAUUAUCUGGAUCCAGCGCAGAGAAGCCUGUAUAAAGAUGUCGUGAUGGACAGUUAUGGAAACCUGCUCUCGCUCGAUGUUUUAAACAGAAAUAAAGAUGAAGAGCCAACUGUGAAAGAAGAAAUUGGGGAAGACAUAGAACCACCAGGUGUAAUAGUAACAAGAAUCAAAAGUGAAAUUGAUCAGGAUCCCAUAGGUAGAGAAACGUUUGAACUUGUUGGUAGGCUAGAUAAACAAAGAGGGAUCUUCUUAUGGGAAAUACCACGGGAAUCUCUGACCCAGGAACAGAAAAGGUUCAGAGGACACGCUAAUGUCCGAAAGAGACCAAACUCGGGAGAGAAGUGUCAUAAAUGUCAAGAGUGUGGAAAGGGUUUUGUCCGCAAGGCCCACUUCAUUCAGCAUCAGAGGGUCCACACAGGUGAGAAGCCUUUCCAGUGCACCGAGUGUGGGAAGAGCUUCAGCCGGAGCUCCUUUGUUAUCGAACACCAGAGAAUCCACACGGGGGAAAGGCCCUAUGAGUGCAGUUACUGUGGGAAAACCUUUAGCGUCAGCUCCACUCUCAUCAGACACCAGAGAAUCCACACUGGAGAGAGGCCUUACCAGUGUAGUCAGUGUAAACAGAGCUUCAGCCAGAGAAGGAGCCUUGUUAAACAUCAGAGGAUCCACACGGGUGAGAAACCCCAUAAAUGCAGUGACUGUGGAAAAGCCUUCAGUUGGAAAUCGCACCUUAUUGAGCACCAGAGAACACACACUGGUGAGAAACCCUAUCACUGUACCAAAUGCAAGAAAAGUUUCAGCCGAAACUCACUGCUCGUGGAACACCAGAGAAUCCAUACAGGAGAACGGCCUCAUAAGUGUGCUGACUGCGGGAAAGCUUUUAGAUUAAGUACAUACCUUAUACAACACCAAAAAAUACACACUGGGGAGAAGCCUUUUCUUUGUAUUGAAUGUGGGAAAAGUUUCAGUCGGAGCUCGUUUCUUAUUGAACAUCAGAGAAUCCAUACUGGUGAGCGUCCUUAUCAAUGCAAAGAGUGCGGGAAGAGCUUCAGUCAGCUUUGCAACCUUACUCGUCAUCAGAGAAUCCACACAGGAGAUAAACCCCACAAGUGUGAGGAAUGUGGAAAAGCCUUCAGCAGAAGCUCAGGACUAAUUCAGCAUCAGAGAAUACAUAUCAGGGAAAAGACUUCUCCAUACAGUGAAGCUAAGGAAAGUUUUGAUCCUAACGGCAGUCUUGAUACACAGCAGGACGCCUACCCCGAGGAAAAAUCUUACAAAUGUGAGGAGUGUGGGAAAACCUUCAGUGUCAGCGCUCAUCUUGUACAGCAUCAAAGGAUCCACACGGGUGAGAAGCCCUUCCUGUGUACUGUCUGUGGGAAAAGCUUCAGUCGGAGCUCGUUCCUCAUCGAGCAUCAGAGAAUCCACACUGGUGAGAGACCUUACUUGUGCAGGCAGUGUGGCAAAAGUUUCAGUCAGCUUUGUAAUCUUAUCCGACAUCAGGGUGUUCACACCGGUAAUAAACCCCACAAAUGCGAGGAAUGUGGGAAAGCCUUUAGCAGGAACUCGGGUCUCAUUCAGCACCAGAGAAUCCACACAGGAGAGAAACCUUACAGGUGUGAGCAGUGUGACAAAAGCUUUAGUCAACAGCGCAGCCUCGUCAACCACCAGAAGAUCCACGGAGAGGUGAGAGCCCAGGAAGUCUACGAGUGUGACGCUUGUGGUGAAGCCUUUCAUUGUCAGCUGUCUCUAAUUCAGCAUCAAAAGUUGCAUGUUCUGUGGAUGCAGUAAGACUAGAGACACUUGUACGCCCGAACUUGAGACUAGCUACCAAAGUGCAGUUUUAGUAUGGCUCCAGUGUGGGUCAAAUAGAGUGAUAAAGCAAUUUUUCCUUGGCCUUUGCAAAUAGUUUCUAAAGAUCCUAUGAAUAGUGGACAGUGCCUGUGGAAAACUGACCUAACGAUUACUCUUGGUUUUUGUACCCACAGAGAUUUGUUGGUCUGUCUAAACCUAACCUUUUAGGAGAGUUGACUGGACAAAUCAGAAAUGUUCUGAAGGACCAAGUGAAUUAAUGCAAGGGAACUAGGAACAACUGAUGGAAAGCUGGAAAAAAUUCAGAAAGUCUUGUGUUCCCAUCUCCUAGAGUUACCCUUCAGUUCUACAAGUCAAACCCCAGUGAGUAAGCAAGUGUCAUUUGGGAAAGUCCAGAUGUGUUCAAAGUCACUAUACACUCUUUAUCGCUGUCUAAAAACGUUGUGUGGAAAAUGAGUUGUGAAAGGCGGAAGCUCCCCUGCUUCCCGGGGUGAUAAAGUGAGUGAAUCAAGUUGUAAAGGUCUUUGUAGCCUAUUAAACCAAUAAAGUUGUUACCAAGGAG